GUAGGAGGGCGGGCGGUUCGGCGUUCUGCAGCACAGCGGAAGAAAAUGGCGGCCGCGGCUGCAGAGCCCGGAGCGGCGGUUUCUACGGUGGACUUAGAAGCUCCUUCAGAACCGGGCCCGGCUGGUGUGGGAUACGCUCAAGUCCCCGCCGGGCCCGACACUCUGCAGGAUUCUGAAGCGGCUAAUUGGCGCGAAGAGGACGGAGUAGACGGAGAGGCCCGCCAUGUCAGUCCGGAGCUCGAGCCUGCCAGUCCCACCAGAGAAGCCGCGCUGGAGCGGCUCUGCCCCGGAUUGCCGGGGGACCCAGAGGGCGGCGGCAAGUACCGCGGCACCGCGACGGACCCGCAGCUCUACGCCGUGUUCCUGCACUCCUUCCCGGUGCCACCCUCGGUCACCGAGGCCGGCCUUUCUCUAGACGAACCGGCCGAACCCACCACAAAUGUGACAACGGACCGGGCCGAACCUGCAGACCGAGACCGGACCUACACGGCUCUGAUCCAGACAGAGCCCCGGCCCGAGCCGACGGAGGAGUCCACGGGCGGCCCGGAGCCUGCUGGCGGCCGCGGCCUCCCCGAUCCCUCCCCGCCCUGCUGGUCUCCGAAGAGGCGCCCUGCGCCGGAGCCCCCCCGAGCAGAUUCUCCAUCAGCCACCACGCUGGCCUCGGUACUGGACCUGAGUCCCGGAUCCGAAGUUCGUGUCUCCCUGGACCACGUCAUCGACGACGCGCUGGUGGUGUCCUUCCGGCAGGGAGAGAAGGUGUUCUCGGGGGUUCUGAUGGACGUGUCCAGAAGGUUCGGGCCUUACGGCAUUCCCAUCACGAUGUUUCCCAGGCGGGAUGACUGCAACCGCGCUCCCGUCUUUCUGGCGCCAUCUCCCAACAACAAAGACCCACCCACCAAACAGGAAGAAGCUCACAACACGCCGCCACCCCCGCCCACCUCCCCUCACACUUUGACCUCCAAACCGCCGCCGCUGUUCCAGGAGGGCGCACCUUACCCCCCUCCUUUGUUCAUCAGGGACACCUACAACCAGGCUUUACCUCAGCCGCCGCCACGCAAGAUCAAAAAGCCGAAACGACGCUACCGCUGUGAGGAGCCCACCUCCAUCAUGAACGCCAUCAAGCUCCGCCCGCGGCAGGUCCUCUGUGAGAAAUGCAAAGGUGUGGUUGCAUCAGUGGGACACAGGGAGGUGCGGCGCGGCGCGGUGGAGCUGAGGAGUGACGACGCGGCGCGGAGGAAGCGAACAGCCAACGGGCCCAUCUCAUCCGAGGUGAAACGUCUGCAGAGCGACGACAAGAGAGCUCGCCCGGACAGAGGCUCGUCCUCAGGGAUACACACUCCAUCUUCAUCUUCCUCCCACCGCGUCUUAAGGGGCGUGGCCUCCUCCUCCUCCUCCUCUGUUUCUUCGAGCCGCAUGCGACUGAAGCUGAACAAUAACAAGGUUCUGGCAAAAGGUUCUGUUAUGGAGUGCUCCAAAGCUCGGCAGGUUCUUCAGAAGCUGGCGAGGAGCUCCCAGCCAGCACCACAUCGACGGCCCAAAGACCAGGGUCCGGACCAGAGCCGCAGCAAAGCUGUAACCCGAGCUGCCGCCUUGCAGAACCACAACCAAAAGGUCCACUUCACCCGGCGCCUGCAGCGCCUGAGCGGAGCAGGCUCCAGCGGCCACACGGCGCUGCCUCCCAGAAUGCGCUUGAAGCCACAAAGGUAUCGUACCGACGAAGGCUCGGCGCCGUGCUCCUCCUCUCUGUCGCAUCAGAACGUUCGCUCUUCGCCACCCAAACUGGCAUCAAACCCCGCCCUCACACAGACUGCCACUCCCCCGACCCUCACAGCUGCUCCCCCGACCCCUCCUGCUCCCUCGGGGACACAAGGAGUCGGAGGAGCAGCAGAUGGGAAGGAUGUGGAGCCCCCUCCCCCUUCCUCUUCCUCUUUAGACUCCUCCCACUUAGAGGGCAUCCCUACAGAACCCGUUGACACCACCCCUCUUGGGGAUCCUUCGUUGUCCUCUCCACCCACCCCGACACAUGACCCCUUCCCCAGCUCGUUUGUGCCCCGUGAUCCUGCCGCGCCCCCUCCCCUUCCUCCCAAAGCAGAAGGCGAGGAGGAGGAGAGCGGUGACCCCAAAAGGCGCCAUAAGCCGCCCGCACAACCCCCGCCUCCAUCCUCGUUUUUCUCAAAGUCGGUGUCCAAGUGCGUGCUGCCCGACGGCAGAACCGUGUGUGUGGGCGACAUCGUGUGGGCUAAGAUCUACGGCUUUCCGUGGUGGCCGGCGCGCGUGCUCGGCAUCACGGUGUCGCGGCGCGGCGACACGGGCUUGGCGGUCCGGCAGGAGGCAAGGGUGUCCUGGUUCGGCUCGCCCACCACCUCCUUCCUGCCCAUCACCCAGCUGUCACCUUUCCUGGAGACCUUCCAGUCUCGCUUUGACAGGAAGAGGAAGGGUCCGUACCGCCGUGCCAUCGCCGAGGCCGCCAGCGCCGCCAAGCAGCUGACGCCCGAGGUACGCGCGCUGCUCACACAGUUCGAGACGUAGCAUUAGCUGUGCCCGGCCCCCACCCACCUCCACCACCUGUAUGCCCCGCCCCCUCUGCCCCCUGGUGGGAGGAGCUGAUUUUAGACUGAUAAAUGUGAGUCAGUAUUCAAGAGUUAAGGUGGAGUUUCUGACAGCACGUCUGCUCGGCUUGGCGCCUUCAGGUCAUCGUAGGUGUCGGACCAUCAGUCAGGUCCGAUUAGAGGACGCGGUUCUGCCCCUACAGUCUGGUUAGCUGUAAAUGGCGGGGUGUGGGAGGAGCGCCGAGCCGCUGAAGCUUUUGUUCUGUUGAAGCACAAAAGGACCAACUGUGAAGCGUAGUGCUGUCAGAACGCGGUCCAGAACCCGCUUACAAAGGCCUGCGCCUGGACCCAGUCAGGCAGCCUCUUCAAUCCUCUGAUCAUGUUUUGUACUCGUAGCUUUUUUAGUUUUUCCUUUUGGUCUUUUAAAUGAAAUGCGACGUCCACAGAUGUUUUGUGAAGGCAGUGCAGCCAAAAUUCGGCUCUCCCCGGGUGAAUGGACAGGUAGGACACUGACUGACAGCUGUGACUGUGACGCUGACGCCACAUUUUACCGUAGCUGUGUGUUCUCGGAGCUGUUGGACUCUUUUUACCAUCUGUUUGCAGAUCAGAGAGUCUGAAAGAGUGUACAUGUUUUUUCCUGUUUCAAAUCUGUUAAUAAACUAUCAAACUGUU